AUGCUGCGCCGUCACAACACCGCAUCGAGCGAGAUCGCGCAGCUACUUGUACCGCACGUAAAUAUGCUUGAUCUGAUCGAUGAGGCUUCUCCUUUGAUCUGGCUGAUGGCUGCCGAGAUGUCCACAUGCAUCUGCAUAGAGACAACCGCCACCAUGCCCACCUUUCCGAGCAUCUACCGCAAGCCGAUGAGCUCGUGCGCUACUUCCGACGCUGCGACGAACUAUGCCUCCAUCGUUGAAAUGAUCACGCCACCCUGUUUCUUCGCGGUCCACGACACGACCAUGCCAUUUGAGAAGCACAACGCGUCCCAUCAGCCAAUUUUAGUCCGCCCCGUCGACCACGAAGUCUGGCGCCGCUGUAAGCUUCGGGAUGCAGCACGUCGCCACUCGUAUGCUCCAGUGCCAUCUCGAACUUCAGCGCUGAAGUGCCCUUGA